ACCGGCCAUCAGUCAAUGCUGAGAUCUUGCCUCCGUUCGUCACUCGCAAGAAGAGCAAUGCAGAUUAUCCCGGUCCCGGUGCGCCAGGACAACUAUGCCUACCUUCUCGUCGACAUAGCGACAAAGACCGCCGCUGCUGUAGAUCCAUUCGAUGUCCCCACAGUCACAGAGGCUGCAGACAAUUUGGGCGUCAGCAUCGUCGCCGCUAUCACAACCCACCACCACCAAGAUCACUCGGGCGGCAACAAGGUAUUCGCAUCGACUUACCCAGACGCCGUUAUCUACGCCGGCUCCGAAAAGAGCCCCGCAGCCACCAAGAUCGUCAAGGACAAAGACGAGUUCACGCUGGGCCAGAAUAUCCGCGUCAAAUGUCUUGCGACGCCCUGCCACACCCAGGACUCGAUAUGCUUCCACGUGACCGACCCAUCCGACCCGUCCCAUCCAGGCGGCGUCUUCACCGGCGACACACUCUUCAUCGCCGGCUGUGGGCGCUUCUUUGAGGGCACCGCCCCAGAAAUGCAUUCAGCGCUGACUUAUCUUGGCACACUCCCCGACGAGACCAUCACCUAUGUCGGCCACGAAUACACCGGCAGCAACGUCGCUUUCGCAAGGUCAGUCGAGGCCAAGAAUGCCGAACUGGACCGACUCGAGGACCUCGUCCGUGGGAAUGCAAUCACCACUGGACUCACGACGAUCGGAGACGAGAAGAAGUGGAAUCCGUUCAUGAGACUUGCGAGCGAGGAAAUACGACGCUCGCUCGGCGCUGAGGCAGAAACAACUGAUUCGGCGCUGAUGGAUGCCCUCAGGACAGCGAAGAACAACUUUCGUGGGUAA